CCGACUGCAGUCUACAGCGCUGGGAGGGAGAGGUAGUCGUUGCUGUUCGCUGCUCACCCGCUAUUUUAUUAUUAGCUUACUUAAAUCUGGCAGCAGGGCUCUUUUUUUGCAUUGCGUAACCAAAUAGCUGCACAUUAUUGGGAACUCAGGUAAAUGUGUGGGAACACAGCAGAGAGAAGCGGCUGAUUUGGGAUCGAUGAAAGCUGCUACUGUUCAGGUCAGGUAGGACUCAGUUGAUGGCCCUUUAAUUUAAAUCCACCACCGUGCUCCGUUUUCGCGUCCGCGAUGUUCAGGACGGCCAAUUACCCGACGGUGGAUCCAGCGCCCACCAUCAUGCACGGCACUUGGUUUACCACGGGGUGCCGAGAAACGCCCGUGGCGGUGGAGAAACCGAAGAAAAAGGCGUUCAGCCUGGUCAAAAUAAUGUCUCUCAGCAACAAGAAAGGGCACGACCAGCAUCCGCACCACAACAAUAACAUGCCCUUUACGAUCCACUGUCACAUCGGGAAAGAGAUAAAGCACAUCUGCAGCAAUUGCAGUCGCGGGAACGACACACGGGACGCUGAGGAAGGAGAGAGGCUGGCCGCCAUGCGUUCUGAGUCCUUGCUCUCCGGCACUCACACUCCACCCAUCCGUCAUCGGAGCAAGUUUGCCACUCUGGGACGCCUCCUCAAGCCAUGGAAAUGGAGGAAGAAGAAGAGUGAGAAGUUCAAGCAGACCUCAGCUGCUUUGGAAAGGAAGAUGUCGAUGCGACAGAGCAGAGAUGAGCUGAUCAAGAGAGGAGUGCUUAAAGAGAUCUUUGAAAAAGCAACCUUUGAGUUCCGAUCCUCGAUGGACGGCGGAGUCUGCACUCAGGAGCCCUCUAUUAAGUCAUCUAUGGUCCUGCCCGUCAAGAAAUCUGUCACCUACUCAGGGGACCUUCAGGAUAUCCCCGCCAAGCCGCCGCAUUACCACAAACAGCCUCCUGCUCUCCCUCCAAAACCUUUCUCUAGGAUCCCGAACCAUAGCACAGAUUCUUGCCAGCCGAUGAAGUUGCCCUGUAUGCCCGGGGGAAAGCACUCUCCACCUCUGCCUCCCAAGAAAGUGAUGAUUUGUGUGCCUCCAGGGGGGCUGGACUCCCCUUCUCCGCCCCCAAAUUCCCUCUGCGGCCUCUCCCAAAAGUGCGGGCCCCCCCAGGGCAUGCCCCCAUAUCACGGCACCUUGCUGCCCUCUCAGCUCGCCGCUCUAUCCAGUCUUCACCAGAGCCACGGUCACCCGUUUCAGCUUCAGUACGGCAGCUUGCAUGCGCCCAGCCGCAUCAUCGAGGAGCUCAACAAAACCCUGGCGCUCUCCAUGCAGAGGUUUGAAAGCUCUGCAUUGCACGGCGUCGGUCAGUGUGUCCCCCUGGACAGGAGAGAAGUGCCAUCUGUGAUCAUCGACUACGAGGAUGACAAGGAGAACAUGCCCAACGAGUCCGACUACGAAGAUCUGCCCAGCAUGUAUAAGGACGAGGACGACGAUGUGGAUGAUGACGAGGACGAUGAUGAAGAUGACAUAUUAACAAGUUCUCUGGCUCAGAAGGUGCUGAGGAAAGACUCUCUGGCCAUCAAGCUGAGUAACCGUCCAUCCAAAAGAGAGCUGGAGGAGAAAAACAUCCUGCCCAUGCAGACAGACGAGGAGAGACUGGAGUCUAGGCAGCAGAUCGGCACCAAACUCACAAGGCGCUUGAGUCAGAGACCCACAGCGGAGGAGCUGGAACAGAGGAACAUCCUCAAACCUCGCAAUGAGCAAGAGGAGAUUGAGGAGAAGAGGGAGAUAAAACGAAGGCUAUCACGAAAGCUGAGCCAGAGACCCACUGUAGAGGAGCUGAGACAGGCCAAAAUUCUCAUCCAAUUCAGUGACUACGUGGAGGUGUCCGAUGCCCAGGACUACGACAGGCGGGCAGAUAAGCCCUGGACCCGACUCACAGCAGCUGACAAGGCAGCUAUACGGAAGGAACUCAACGAUUUCAAGAGCAAUGAGAUGGAAGUGCACGAGUCAAGUCGCCAUUUAACCAGGUUUCACAGACCAUAGUAGACCACCACUGUCUUGAGCAGUGCCGGACCGGCGCUCUCCUCCACUGAGAACCUUAAGUGCUGGACAGUAAAAUGGUGCCAGUUUAUACAAUAAGGCCAUGUCUUCUGAAAUGCCUUUUCAAGACCCACACAACUGAGUUGGUACUACGCUCCAAGAUGCAGACACCCACUACUCCAUCCACUGUAGUAGCACAUAAGGACUCCAGUUGAUUCACAUCGCCCCUCUAUGGAAUUUGCUUUUGUUUUGUUGCAAUUGAUUGACGCUUUCAACAUCUACUGAGGGCAACCGUACCUUGGUUCCUCAAUAACACCAGUGGACUUGUCUCAGUGGACGUGUUUUUAUCCCUCUUCGUUAUCAUGGUGUCACUCCGGACUCCUCGAGCCCUUAUGGACAACUCUGUGUUGAAGAUGCAGUGUUGCUUGUUCUGAGCUCACUACAUCAGGAGGAGAUCAAUCUUUACUCCACCUGCUGGGACUUUGGAAACGGCUUAGAAAGACACACAGGGGGGAGGGAAGGGUGCAACGUUAGAAUCAUGUGCAAUAUUCUUUUUCUUCUGCUUCUCCUAGGCUAUAGCACCCCCUAGAGUCUCUUCUGUGUCAUUACUAUGUAGUCCUGACUUUUGUUCUUCCCUCUUAUGUGCAAUUCUUACUGUACCGGCCAUGUUGACAUCUAAUUGCUAACUGUGAAUUUGAGAGUUUGGGCAUUGCCCACACUCUCUCCAAAUGUACAUUUUGUUCAUACUGAAAAAAAGCAAAGUUACAUUUAAAGAAGAACCAUGCUUGACCAAGUUUCAUUCAUGUCACAAUCUUAAAAACGUAAUGUAAAAAAUGCAGCUGGCAGAUGUAUUCUGAUUCCAGUGUGUGCAACAAUUAUCUGUUUUAUAAUGUUUUGUCAGUUUUUACUUGUUUUUGAUAGAGGCACUUAGAUCAUAAAUGAUUAAUUUACAUGUUUUUACAUGUCCCAGCUCUGAAACGGAAUACCAAGAGCUGCCUCACCACGUCAUUGUUUUCUGUUUGCAGCAGUGUGUUUAAUGAUCUUUGCUCAUAAUGUGUGCAUUGUAUUAUACACUUUUAAUUUUCUACUUAUGUCAUUAUAAGGUUUUGGCUAAGCAAUAUCUGUUGUUUUGUAGAGAAAAGUUAAACUACAGGUGUAACCCCCACUUUUUUCUUCUUUUUUUUACUGUGCUUACACAUUACGCCUCACUUCAGGGUUUUCAUUUUACUUUUCUACUUUACUUUAGGAAGGCUUUAUUCAGGAGGACUUUUUUUCUGCAUUUAUCUUGACUGAGCCACCAAAAACAUCUGCCUCUUUAACAGCUUACCAACACAGUCUCAGAUCUACAAUUGAACACAAUGAUGCACUCUCGAUUUUGAAACACGAGUACAGGUAUAAGUGAAUUCAUUGAGUCAGGAAUUUAAAAUGUUUAUUGCUAAAAUUCUUUGCACUGUUAAGAGUUUGGCUUUAAAAUGGUCACUGUUUUAAGGUCAGGGCCCAAGUGUGUAAACAUUUGUUCGAUAUCAGAUCGGUGACGAUUUUGUCUUUUCACUUUAACGGUCUUGUUACCUGAUCACUGAUCCUACACCAGUAUUCCAAUGUUCAUAAGCUUUAUGUACACAAAUAUUUUUUUUUUUAAAUAUUUUUACUGUAUUACUUUUAAAGUUGCAAUAUGAAAUUCUUGUUUGUCAGAUGAAGAAAAGUAGUAGCGGUAACUGGAUGUUGGCCGCCUACUAGAAUGCAUCUGUCUGCAAAGGAAAAUGUGUUCUCCCUUAUUUUCAAGGUCUCGAUCAGUGAUGGAUAGAUGACCCAAUAAAACCUAGGAACAUAGAAAAUUUGUUUUGCACUUUAUGGAUUUUAUGUGAAAUAAUAGGGAUCUUGGUUGAUUUUUGGGGAGUUUGGAGCGGUUUAUCCUUAGAAUCUGUACACAGGUCAUUCUCGUAUCACAAUGCUCCUUUUUUUUUUUUUUUUAUAAAAAUUUCAUUGGGUCAUCUAAUCUCAGAGACUUUGAAAUAUGAGGUAUUUCUUGUGUUAGAAGAAGCUUCUAUAGGAUUCCAGCAUCAUGCCAUUAUUUGAAAAUGUCCAUCCAUAGGUUCAGUACAAUAGAGCAUAAUUAGGAAUGAAUUUACACAAACAGUUCUCCAGUUCUCAUUUCAGCUCUAAGAAACGAACCUGAGCCACUGGGCUGAGCAUGAGGUUUUCCAUUUAAGCUGGAAUCGAGGAACAUGAAUUCAGCAAUAAUCUGUUUCCUUUAACAUGUUGGUAGAGCAUCUGAACGAAUUUGAAAGUGUUCCUUUUUUCAUUUUUUAAAUACAGAAUACCAUGUAAAGGAUACGUCAUGCCAAUUAAAUUCCAUUUCUGAAUGCA